AUGACAAACAUAAAAAUAUUUCACAAUUCUAUUUUACGUAAAUUCUCUAUAUCAAACUCUGCUAAAUGGUCUGAUUUAGAGGAAAAAAUUCGUAUGCUAUUUACACUUUCACCAACUUCAAAAUUCACACUUUCUUAUACUGACGAAGAGGAUGAUAUUAUUACAAUAUCAACUGAUUUGGAACUACAAGAACUUCUUUCUAACCAUGGCGCAACCACCAUUAAAUUUACAUUAAAUAAUCUUUUUGAUGAAGAUGAUAAAAAAAUCAAAACCAAAAACAAAACCAAGACCAAAACCAAGACCAAAACCAAAACAAAAAAUAAAACCAAAAACAAAACCAAAAACAAAAAUAAUCAUAAGGAUCCUUUUGAAGAUGAUAAAAACAAAAUCUACAACAACAACAACAAUAAGAGUAUUUUUGAUGUAGAUGAUGAAUGUUGGAUGUCUUUUGAUGACAUUCCUAAAAAUAGAAAAGAGCAUGAAGUUGUAGUACAAAGGUUUCAAACCAUGGUAUCACAAUUUCAGGAUGUUGUUGAUUUUUAUCCAGUGUUAGCUUACGCUAUAGAUAGUGUUACAGAUGAAAUUUUACAAUCUAAGCCAAUUGAUAUCGAACUUUGGCGUGAAUGCUUAAUUUAUUAUCGUCAAGAAAAACAGAAGCGGGAAAGCAGUGACAAUAAUGAUAAUAGCACCAUUUCUUCUGCUGCUUUCAUGUCUGAACAUCCAUUAUUAUAUCAAUAUGUUAGUCCUCUUUACUUCACUUCAUCCACUCCAUCAAAUAAUAGUGAUAAUGUGAAUCAUCGAGAUCCUUUAUCGCGUAAUUCUAGAAGCAUUGAAAAUAUUGGUGGCAGUAGAAAUAAUCAUGGCCCAUCACUCGAAGAAAUAUGCAUAGUUAAUACACCGUUAUCACCAUCACCAAGAAAAGUUUCGGUUGAUGAAUCGAAUUUUGAUGAUAAAGUUAAACAACUUUGCGAAAUGGGAUUUUGGGGAGAUGAAGGAGAAAUGAUUAAAUUAUUGAAAGCUCAUAAUGGUAAUAUUGGAAAAGUUGUCGAGGAAUUGGCUUUAAGGUGUUAA